CAUUUUUGUUGUAAAGGUUGUAAAUAAAAAUAAAAUUAUACUUUUCUUCGGAUACAAAAUAAAGGAAAGACAUUUAAAAAUUUACCAACAUUUCAAUUGAACGUGAUUAAUAGUGACAGUCUCAUUUUGCAUUAAUUUAACUGAGUGUGAAUUAUACAAUAAAAUUGUCAUCUGCUCCUAAUGUCACGUGACCUUUGGAAUCGCCAUGCGUAUUUUAACGAACAUGGCCACCGGUAAAGGACUCACGGCGAUUUUUAAUCCGAAAAAUGUGAAUUUAAUAACGUGUUCCAAAUCAAAUAAAUUACGAAGUGGUAUUUUACAACGUUGCAAUUCCUGUCAACGAUAUUUUGCUACUUUAGCAUUGGGUGUCGAUGUCUGGAAUCGUCAAAAUCAAGAAAAAUAUCGAAUAGAAAAAUUUACACAGCAACGGAGAGAAUUUCAUGUGACAAAUAAACUUUUAAAGAAACGUGACUAUUAUGAAAUAUUGGGUGUGUCUCGAAAUUCAUCGGCAAAGGACAUAAAGAAGGCUUACUAUCAAUUAGCAAAAAAGUAUCAUCCAGAUACAAAUAAGAGUGAUCCGAAUGCGGGUAAAAAAUUUCAAGAAGUCUCCGAGGCUUAUGAAGUACUGAGUGAUGACGCUAAAAGAAAAGAAUACGAUGCAUGGGGUGCAACAUCAGAGCAAAUGGGAAUGGGAGGUGGAGCAGCACAUCAGGCAAAUCAAAAUCACCGAGAUUUUAAUUGGCAAUUUAAAUCGACAAUUAAUGCUGAGGAAUUAUUUAGAAAAAUAUUUGGAGAAGCUGGCUUCAAUAGUUCAGCUUUCGCUGAUUAUGAGGAUUUGGCUGAUUCGAGAUAUGGUUAUGGAGCAGCACAAGAGGUGAUAAUGAAUCUUACCUUUUCUCAAGCGGCUCGUGGAGUUAAUAAAGACAUUGAACUAAAUGUUGUCGAUACUUGUCCAAAAUGUCAAGGCACUCGUUGUGAGUUAGGAACAAAGGCAAUCAAGUGCCACUAUUGUAAUGGAACAGGAAUGGAAACUAUUAGUACAGGUCCCUUUGUAAUGCGUUCUACUUGUCGUUAUUGUCACGGAUCUAGAGUGUACAUAAAAUUCCCUUGCAAUAAUUGUGAGGGAAAAGGACAAGCGAUUCAAAGAAAAAAAGUCACAGUUCCGGUGCCGGCUGGCGUCGAGGAUGGACAAACAAUUCGAAUGGCUGUGGGAAAUAAGGAAGUUUUCGUGACAUUCCGAGUGGAAAAAUCGAGAUAUUUCCGAAGGGACGGUGCCGAUUUGCACACGGACGCUAAAGUUUCCCUCUCGCAAGCAAUUCUCGGCGGUACAAUAAGAGUUGAGGGUAUCUAUGAGGAUCAGACGAUUUUAAUUUCACCGGGCACUUCGUCCCAUUCGCAAAUUCGUCUAACUGGAAAAGGCCUGAAGAAAGUGAGCUCACUGGGUUAUGGUGAUCAUUAUGUGCAUAUAAAAAUUACAAUACCGACGAAAUUGACGGAAAAGCAGAAAGCCCUAUUGCAAGCGUACGCUGAACUUGAAGCUGAUACGCCCGGAACGAUUCAGGGUGUGGCGUCGAAGAAGGAUGGAACAAAAGAAAUUUUUGAGGGACCUGUGGAGCUUGUGAAGGCUUUGAGGGCAGCUCUAGAUGACCACCCAGUUUCAAAACAACCCUUGCAAUCAAUACCAGAGGGUCCUGGCGAUAAAUCCCAGGGUGACAGUUCAAUUUCGGAAGAUAAAAAUAAAAGUGAGAACGCCAUGAAGAAACAACGACGAAAGAUGCCCUAAUUUGUAGAUAUUCAAAAGCAGUUGAUUUCAUUUUUUUGUCAACUUCGGAACUUUCCAGUGAAAAGCACAUUAAGUACGUUAGACUUUAUAUUUUUACCAAACUUUAUAUCGAACACGCUAUUGUAAAUGGUUUA